ACCUGACCUGAUUAGUGACCGCAAUGUCGUGUCGCAUCACCACAAUCUUGAGGUCUGAGGUGGUGCAACUCCACUCUGACUCACGUCCAAGAAGAAUCACCGGUCGCCUCGCUGUCGAACGCUGAUCCUUCCCUUCCAGUCACGAAAGCCCUGAAUGAUGGGCUUCUGAGGGCCACACUGUGCCCAGCUUUGGCAAAAGCAGCGCUGCGAGCCGGUCCCACCACCCCUUGGAGCAACAGUGUGCCGACCUUCACUAGCAUCGCAUCGAUUCGCUGGUCUCGCUGACGAUUCAGAACAGCUCGGCAGCAUGGCGUCAACUUCCACGCCUUCUUCAUCGCGCAUUCCAGUCGAUCUCACGCAGAAUCAGCCUCAUCGACGCCCUCAUCACUUUAGACGCAUCUACCUCGGCCCCACGCCCGUUUCCAGCAACGCUGCAGCCUCGCUAGCAGCGGCCAUCGCCGAAGAUGCGACAGUAAAUGAGCCUUUGGGCUUGGGAGUGGUAAAGUCGGAGCCCGCUGCUGGUGGCACAGCGAACCAGGACAUCGUCGAGCCGCUACUACCACCGCAUUUAGAUCUCCCUCCAACAUCUCCGCCGCACUCGCACGGUCGCAAAGCGAUCCACGAUGUGCCGGGCUUUGUGCGCAAUCGCGAUGACCCAUUCAGCGGCGAGGUGGAGGCGAGGGAUCUGGCUCGCGACCGUGUGCGGGGACUGACUGGCGACCGAGGGGAGGAGCUAGGCCAGCAUCCAAGCUCCGGACCCUCCACCCUUCGACCUCCUCGUUCUCGCGAACGAGAAGCGUCUAGCGAGCGGAGUGUCUCGCAACGCCGCGCAAGUCCUCACGAUCUGUCGCCGUUGACCGUGUCGCACCCUGGCAUCGCUCAUUCGACGUCCCAGGCUGCCCGUAAUCGUCAGCACCUGGCUCGAGAGGCAUCUGCGGUCAGCUUUGCCAGCGCCAAGUCCCUUCCGGAUAGCGUAUUGUCCGAGGGCGACGCAUUAGCCAGAGCAAGAAAGGGCAAGGGCAGGCUCGACGAGUCUCAAGAUGCUCUUCAUCUCGAGGAUACCAACGGUUGGAGCAAGAAUACGGAGAGUAGCACCUCAUGGGGCAGGUCGGCUCGAGAUCGAAAAGGAAUAGGCUCUGUGGAGGGCGAAUUGGAUGAUCAGGUCGCGCAGCAAGCCAAGCGCCGCCUUUCCUUCGACCUUCCGGAAGGCAUCGUGCUAGCUAGAAGGGGACGCUCUGAAAGCGCUGCAGCCGGAAGUCAUCUUCGCGAAGCGAGCGAGCCUCCCCUCGCUCUGCUGGACGUCUCCGUGGCAGAGGCAGACGAGACCAUCGAUCACACCAGCGAGACUGGCACUCUGAAAGCUCCGAGCAUUCGCAAUGGAAGCUCAUCGCAGGAAGCCACGCCGAGAGCGGAAAGUGCUGCAAGGCUUGCCCCACUGCAUCAACUACAUGCCAUCGCCCAUGCGACGCCCCUCUCUGAGCGGACGACCGGCUCAUUGCAAGACUUGGCGCUGGGUCGAAAGGCUUCAGAUCGCUCCUUGUCUACAUUCAAAGGCUCCGUGCCACGCAGUCGCAGGAGCAAGAACUCCCUGCGGCACAUUGCAUCAGCAUCUGGCAGCCUCACGCGUUACGAGGCACGUAGGCUGUCCAAAGCGAGCGUAGGCAGCCAACACGACGCGGAUGCGAGUGCGCACGACCCAACGGCUCCGUCGUCAUUUCGCCCCAACGAAGAGGUCGAAGACGCAUCGCCUUUCGAGCGACGACUCCCGAAGCAAAGAGACGGCUCUCGAGCCAGAGCUCACAUCGCUGCCGAGACUAGCUAUCCGCCACGAAGACGAAGCGCCUCGUACGCCAGAGGGCAUCCAAGGGAAUUUUCACGAGCUAGCAAGAUGAGUCGGGCAAGUACUGUCGGAACGCUGGGCAGCUUUGGCUCGCACGGUACGCGAUUCACCGAAGGCUCAUUCGGAGCUACUGGAGGGUUUCGAGCAAAGCUUGUGGCCUUUUUUGGCGGUAGGAGCAGCGCAACGAGCGCGCGAGAAAGUGCAGCACGAAGGAGAUCCGCUUCAUUUGCUGCAUUGGCUCGGGGUAAACCUGGGCAGGUCGGCACGAGCGCAGGAGGCACUAAAUGGGUAGGAGGCAGCUUCGAAGUCGGUCGUCGAUUCCAAGAGGUCCUGAAUGCUCGCCAAGCCGUUUUGGGCGCAUCCUUGUUGGACCAUGCAUCAGAUGACUCUGCCAGCGUCGAGGACACGUCGCGGAAGGAGCAGCGGCCAGAGCGAGAUGGCGCGACGCGCGAUUCCCAGUCAAAGCACACUACGGACAACAUUUCUCGCAGCCCUUCGGAUGUUCUUUCAACUUUUGCGCAUCAAGCGCAAGGUUCGGCAGACGACAAACAGGUCAAUGGAGUUGGGCAGACUGACGGCAAGCUCGCGGACGAUACAUUUCGGAAAGCGCAGCUCACCGUCACGGAAGCGAGCCCUGCUGAGGAUAAAGCCACCGAGAGUACAACGAGGCCAAUGCCUAGCGGAAAAGAGACCAUCAACGAGAAGCUACGGAAUGCAUCUGACACGCCAAAUACAACGCCGACCAAGAGGAGGCCAAUUCAUUCGAGCAACUCAGCCGUGUCAUUACUGAGUGUUCCGCACACCAAAGGUGCUGACCACGAAUCGCAAUUCACCAUCGAAAGCAGGCACGGCUGGAGCGAUGUCGUCAGUUUCAUGAGCGCAAAUUCCAGCUUGGGCAGCGACAACCGUGUCGCUUCGCCUACAUUUGGAAGCAUGGCAGAGCGCAGUCGGCGAGCUCUCGAGAAUGGUCUUGGCAGCAUCGAGGCUUUUCGUGCGCGCCAGGCUGAAAGGAGAGCUGCGAGAAAGGACCUUGGUCCUGCUUUGUCCAGAGACGCGAUACGAGAAGCGAGCACCUCCUCGGGCACCGACGUCAGCUUGUCGCAGGCCGCCCUUGGCAAGCCGACAUCGCAAAUGGAGUGGUCCAGUGCUCAAGAAGACCUCGUGAUGGUUCACGUGCAGAAUGAGGAGCAGACGGAAGCCAUCGCCACGCCCCCAGCAGCCCCAUUCGAGGCGCAGCAGCAUCCACAGCCACCCAUCAAAGCUGAUGAGCUGUUUCCCGAGGCGGCGCACAAUCUCUUGAGAAGACAAAGCUUUCAAGGUGUACGCGUAGACGGCGUCAAGCCUGAGACAGCCAGCGAUCAUGAGGUCGUCGUACAGGGCACGCCCACAUCCGCAGGCGAUCGUGCGCCAGAUGCCAUCGAAUCCAGAGCGCUCAGCACGGCUGGUAGCACGUUGUUGGGAAGUGAAAUUGCAGUCGCUGAUAAUCGCGAUCCGCGCCUCCGCACCGUGAGCACGCUCAGUGGGGACACGAAAGCGUACGCAGGCUCUCACGACAGUCGUCCUCACACACCAAAGAAGGCAAAGGGGCCCAAGGAUUUGGGUGUCGUUAGCGCAGGGCAGGUGUACGAAACGGCAUUGAACUCGACCGUGGACGUGCACCCGUCGCCGCGGAAGACGGUACAAUUUGAAGGCGGCGCGAGACCUAACGUGACAGGACGCAGCCUCAGCACCUCGCUCUUCACUCGAAAUGGUCCAAAUGCCGAGGUCAAGCUCACACCCUCUGCGAACGGGAGGAUUGCGCGUCCACCAUCCGGCGCUACUGAGCCUGUCCCUCCCGAAGAGGUCCUCUCGAGACCAGGCUCUUUUGAAAAUCGCAGGUCGACGCCUGUGCAUAGCGGAAGCACGACUCCGACCGAAGCAAUGACAACACCACGCUCCGAAUUGAAGCGCGACAGGAUGCUGGUCAAGAUCGGUUGGACGCCCUCUGCGGAUUUGCCGGCAGAUCUUGACGAGAAUUCUGCGAGAAAGUAUGCUGUCUAUAGCGAUCCGUGGCGAGAGUACAUGGUUGUACUGCGUCAUGCCAGACUUGAAAUUUGGGACGACCCUACUUUCAUGUCGAAAGCGACUGGUCAUGCGAGCCGCCUCGACUUGCAUCAGAUCGUGCCCCUACGGCGUGGCUCUACCUGCAUGUCCCUCUUCUCGCCCGUGGACCGAAUCUUUGCCAUUCACUAUCAACACGACGUCAAUGGGCACCGUGGUAAGCUCCAUCUGCGCCGCUCACCCACUCACGUCCUCCUCUUUGAUACUCGCGCGCGGAGCGUUGCGACGGACUGGAUGUGGGAAAUCUGGCGCGAACUUGGCGGACUGAUCCCCGAGAGCCUAGACGUCCACAUACCUGCUUUGGAUGGCAAAGUGCGCAUCCCUGUCCCGGAUGAGGUUCCAUGUCAUUCGGCUAGCAGCGUUCAGGCCCUUGAGCUGCCAGGCAACGGGCAGCUGGUCAUGCAUAGCUCUGGCUCGGUGCGAAGUGCUGGAGAAGGGUUCAAGCUCAUCAGCCGCAACAACCUGGUUAGAACCACUCUCAGUCUUGUACUCAAGCAGUCGGACUGGAAAGACCUCGUCGAAGUUGUCUUCAGUAUGGGUCUACAAUUCGAGCUUGCCUGGCGUCAUGGCACAACUCUUGAUUGGAUCACAGAAUCCACAACUGUGCAAGGAGAUGCGCGCGAUUGGGCAGUCUUGUCAGGCUCAGUGCUGAGACAGGCGUGCCAGAUCCCUGCCCUGGAGCUGCGUGCAGGGAUGCACUACCCAACUAACACUACCACGGCAGAUGGACGCGAGAUCGAAGAGCCGCCUGCAGUCGAAGGCUACCUCUGGCGCGUCAAGCCGGUGUCUGGCGCUUUGACGCGGAUCUACGUCACCACCCAUGACGGACACAUCUUCGUCUGCCGCCCCUCACGCGCCUUCCCUCCUGAUCGCCACCUCGCCACUGGACCGCAGAAGGUGCUGGAGGCGACUGCGUUCCAGCGGCGGCCGUUGCCGCGACGGAGUCAAGAUCCCAGAGGAGUACAGCAGCGCACAAGGAAACGAGACAAGCCUCGACGGGCUCUCGACAAGGUGCUAGGUCGAGACAAACGCCUCACCAGGGAUGAAAGCAUGGACGAACUUCGAGAACAAGUGAUGAGCACUGCUGCUAUUGCUGCAGCUGGCGAGGAUGCUGUCACUGCGCAGCGUUUGGCGUACCAAGCCUUCGAACGCCGUCGCCAAUUCGAACAGAUCAGCAAAGCCGAUGGCUACGUCGACCUCCGAGAUAUACGCGUCAUCAGAUGCGUCGGCACGGGUCACCAGCGCCGGCCAAGUACCGAUAUGUGCGCAGAUCCGCACGAGCUGCCAAAAGAAGGAGCCGAGGCUGUCAAGCUCGCAGCCCGCGAGCAAGAUACAACACUCAUCGAGCGUCAUGAUGCAGAUGGGGACGAGGAAGAAGCUCCUGCACUUUCGCCAGUACAGAUCGAUAUUGGCGGCGAGGAAGGUCUAGCGGCUGCUGCGGAUCGCAACGCAUUGCGCCGGUCCCGACAGUUCGAGGUCAUCAUGGCCAACGGUCGUACCACGCGCUUCGAAGCAUACAGCGCAUCCAUCGCCAAAGAAUGGGUCGAGCGGCUGGCCUGUCUGGCACAGUACUGGAAACGUCGUGAAAAAGCGGAUGCCAUCGAGCUGAUGCAUGUUAGCGGAUACAAUCCCUCGAUGAUGAGGAAAAGGCGCGGUCGGCAUCACGAUGAAGACGCUGCGGCUGGUGAGGCCGUGCUCGGGCAGGAAGCGGACUCUGAUCACGUCUCGCCGUUGUUGGGAACCACUUGGAAUUGGUGCAUGCUAGAAGGGUGUCGCGGCAUCAUUAGAGCCGGACGCUUGUUUCACAAACGCAAAGCGUACACGUCGUUUAGCAGCAGAUACUACAUCCUCAUUGCUGGCAGACUGUUGAGCUACAAGAUCGUCACUUCGCAUCGUACAGCAAGAGACCGACAGAACGCAGGCAUCUUCCACAAGCGACAAGAGACCGUUGUCCAUUUGCGCGAUGCGUACAUCUAUAGUGGAAAGUUGACGGAAGAAAUGCUGACGAAUGGUCGCACCGAGGGAGCUGGAGCGGUAAGCGGUGGCAAUGCCGCGAAUGUCGGCGAACGGCAUCGCCUGCCUCGCGUGUAUCGCGAUGGAUUGUUGACUGUCGACGAGGACGAGGAUUGCACAAUGGUUGUGCGAUACAGGCCUCAGCGCUUGCAGCACGCCGUUGAUCCUCACAGCCACGUCCAGCCCCGAGAUGGGACCGCAGUCACUACUGCUGCAAUGGGAACCAGCAUGACGACCAAUUCGGCCACUGUGGACCACGCAACGCAGCCAGCAGUCGCCACCGCGGUGCCAAUGCUGAGUGAUGCGUCUCACAAUCACCUGGUCCUCCGAGCCAGGUGCAAGCUCGAGCGCGAUUUGUGGGUGCACGCCAUUUCUUGUGAGAUUGAGCGCCUCGUGCGCCAGGACAAGGAACGAGAGGAUCGCCUGCGCAUGGCUGGUAAGACGCCAUACAAGCCUAACCGGUAGAACGCGACUUAGCUACACGCUCCAUUUGUCCUGCCUGCACUGCUGCCCACCCCCACCUCAACAAAGCACAUCACUUACUCACGACUACCAUACAAAUGAUCAACUCAUCACAUUUUACUUGCAUGUAUACCCGCUGCCCAAAUCUUGAUGUCACUCUUGCCGUAUUUGAAAGCCGAAGCUACGCGUC